AAAUGGCCAGAUGGAAUGGAACACGGACACCACACCCCGCACAGCCAAAACCGCGAGCCGCCGUAUACGAAACGCGACGAAACCCUUACGCGCACGGCGCACCGCGUCCUGCUCUGCCGAACACACACCACACACCCCGACGGGCAGGCAAAGCAAGCUGCUCUCGCCUCCCCCAGGCCCCACCCCGUCUCCACCACAGAGCCGCCCGCCCGCUCGCCACCAGACGCUCGCCUUUCCCUCACCGCGCCGCGCCACGGGGCCGGUCCCUCCCUCCCUCCCUGCCUGCCGUCGCGGUCACACCACCUCAAAAACACUCCCGCCCGGUGCCGCUGCCGCCCACGCCAGACGCCCAGCCCAAGAGCCAGCCGCGCCUGUCGAUCGAUCGCGGGGGGCCAAGGCCCAAGGGAACGAUCUUCCAAGAUGCUGCAGCUGCUGAUGGCGCUGGCCUUCUCGGCGGCCCCGCUGACGCUGUACGUGCCGCCGGUGCGCAGCCUCAGCCUCUUCGUCGAGGCCAUGGAGGCCGUCUGCCGCGACUGCGCGCCCUACUCCCACGGCGCCGUCGCCCGCUUCCGCCUCGGCCUCUCCCGCGUCCUCGCCGGCCUAGCGCGCGCCCUCCGCUAGGCGCCCCCGCGUCACCGCCGGGUCCCUUCUUUCCUCUGUCCUCCUUUCUACCGAUACCGAGAGCAGGUGGGUUCUAGCGCAGGCAGCACAGCUAGCAAUCUACUAUACUACAUGCAGGACUAGCGCGAAAUCUUUUUUUUUUUUGAGGUUUGGGUGUAGCAUGUAGGGUGAGGAAAGGUUAAUAAAUCAAUCCGAAUGAAGGGGAGAUUUUGCACGAGAUGCUGAGGAAAUCUAGUGUGUGUGGGGGCGUGAGAGGUCAGAAUUCCAUGUGGUGUGAAUAUUGGUUUGUCUGUAUCUCGCGGCAAUGCAAUGCUUCAGUUGCAGGAAUUGCGGUCUAA